AUGGCAAAUCGAAAAGUUGCUUUUUGUACUACGUUUUAUACUGAUAAGCCUGAUGAAUUACCAAAAGAACCGACAGGAUAUGAAAGGAGACUCAGGAGAAAAAGAUCUCCAGGAAGAUGGCUUCAUCUAUCAACAAUGACAUGCAGGGAUUUUUCAAAAGAUAGUUAUGAUUAUCGUGAUGCACAAUUUCAGCUCUCAGACAAAGGCCGAACUUACAACCCUGCAACAUUCGAAAAAAAGUUAUUUGCUCCUAAAAAUAAAUUUCAAAAAACUGAAUUUAGGAAAAUCGAGUUAGCGCCCGGAAAAUUAAGUAACCAAAAUAAAAAAGUUUUUAGGAAUAUGACUGAAAGCAGUAUGGGGACUUUUACUAAUUCUGAAACAUUUCAAUCUAAUCAGCAACUUUUAGUUAAAACUCAAAAAUAA